CCAGGACACUGACAGAUCUGUUGAAGCAGCCAGGUCACAGCCCCUCUGAGAACAUGGACAGCCUCAUGGGGGGUGUGCAGGUCCCGCUGGGCGAGGGGCUGGCCCGGGGGCCCCCCAGAAACAGCACAGACAAACCACCCUUGAACAACGUGGUGCCCAUUGCCCCCUCACUGGGGCGGCCCCACAGCCACGGCAAGCGCCUGCCGCUGGCCAGCAGCCUGGCCCUGUCAGCCCCGGACUACACUUCCUACACCAGCCUCGAGGUUGGAGAGAGCGCCACCGAGGACUUCUACAGGCGGUUCGGGGGGCCGGAGCCACCUGCCGCCAGCACACUGACCUUCCCAGCCGAGACCCCGGUGCUGGCCGAGGGCUGCCCCCUGCCCAAGCCCCCCAAGGUGCCAGGGCGUCUGGCCUUCCCAGGGGCCUGGGAGGGGGGCCCCCAUCGCGGCCCCCGUCGGCCGGGCCCGGCCACCCUGCGCUCCGAGGGGCCACACGAGGCCUUUGUCCCCCCCGCCUCGCUGUACGGGCAGCACCCCCGGCACCUCGCCACCAACAGUAAGACCGAGGUCACCGUCUGACGGCCAGUGCCAGAGCGGACCGGGGCUGCCCCCUCCCGCGGCAGCUGCUGUCAUCGGGGGCAGCCCACCCGAGGAGAACAUCACAGGACUUACACCAACUGCGACGCCGGCUGGAGCGGGGGACGCGGGAGUCCUUCCUGCCCCCAGGGACGGGGACUUUCAGCUGCACUUCACCAUCGAAGAGGCAUUGGGGACUCAUCCGGCAAUAAGUUUCAGGCUUUCUCAGCCCACCCCCGGAGGAGGCUGAGCCGGGGACACAGUGGCAGAGCCAUACCAUGGCUCAGGGGAUGGGGGGCAAUGCUGGACAGACUGGGAACAGAUUCUGCUGGGGCCAGGCAACCCCCACCUGGCUCCUCUGACUAGGUGCGGGGAAGAGCAAUUGACUCAAAGCACCGCCCCUAUGCUGCCAGCAAAGCCUGAGCAGCCCCCUUUGCUCCCCAGCCUCCUCCCUUCCCCACUGCC